CCAAUUCCCUCCCUUUUCUCUCCUCUCUUCUCUUUCUUUCUCUUUCUCUCUUUCUCUCUUUCUCUCUUUCUCUCUUUCAAGACACUGUCUUUCUCUCUCAAAGACCAUCUACUUUCUAUCUCUACCGCCAUUGCCUAUUCAUUCUCUGAAGACAAAAGAGAUAAUCCAAAGAGAAUUAGAACAAAAGUGGCAAAGUUCAUACCUUUUUGAGUUUUUGAAGGAGAAGGAGAGGAGAUUGCUCUGCUGAUCUCCCAUGGCUGUGGGUGAAGUAAUGCGAGUGGUUGUGACAGUGUUGUUGUUCGCUGUCUCACUUGCUUCUGUUUCUUAUGAUCAUAGAGCUGUUAUUGUGAAUGGGCAGCGGAGGAUUUUGAUUUCUGGGUCGAUUCAUUACCCGAGGAGCACGCCGGAGAUGUGGCCGGAUCUCAUUCAGAAGGCUAAAGAUGGUGGGUUGGAUGUUAUCCAGACCUAUGUCUUUUGGAAUGGCCAUGAGCCUUCUCCUGGUCAGUAUUACUUUGAGGAUAGGUACGAUUUGGUUAGAUUUGUGAAGCUGGUGAAGCAGGCUGGGCUCUAUGUUCAUCUCCGCAUUGGACCUUAUGUUUGUGCUGAGUGGAAUUUUGGGGGAUUUCCAGUUUGGCUAAAGUAUGUUCCUGGAAUUAGUUUCAGAACAGACAAUGGACCUUUUAAGGCAGCGAUGCAGAAAUUUACUGUAAAAAUAGUUUCCAUGAUGAAAGCUGAAGGAUUAUUUGAGUCACAAGGAGGUCCUAUAAUCCUCUCUCAGAUUGAGAAUGAGUUUGGUCCGAUGGAAUAUAACGGUGGUGCCGCCGCCAAGUCUUAUGCGAAUUGGGCUGCAAAAAUGGCAGUCGGUCUUGAAACUGGAGUGCCAUGGGUGAUGUGCAAGCAACAAGAUGCUCCUGAUCCUGUUAUUGAUACCUGCAAUGGUUUCUACUGUGAUUACUUCACUCCAAACAAAGCUUACAAACCAAAGAUGUGGACUGAAGCAUGGACAGGCUGGUACACUGGAUUUGGUGGUGCAGUCCCACACCGACCUGUUGAAGAUCUUGCCUUUGCUGUUGCAAGGUUCAUCCAGAAAGGUGGAGCUUUCAUUAACUACUACAUGUACCAUGGAGGAACGAAUUUUGGAAGAACUGCUGGUGGUCCAUUUAUUGCCACUAGCUAUGACUAUGAUGCUCCCAUUGAUGAAUACGGUUUACUGAGGCAGCCAAAAUGGGGCCAUUUGAGGGACCUGCACAAGGCAAUUAAGAUGUGUGAACCUGCCCUUGUUGCAACCGAUCCUGUGGUAACUUCUAUUGGACGAGCUCAACAGGCAUAUGUUUACAGAUCAAAGUCAGGUUGUGCUGCUUUUCUAUCCAACUUUGACUCUGGUUCUUAUGCGAAAGUUACCUUCAAUGGACUUCACUAUGACCUUCCUCCCUGGUCUGUCAGCAUUCUACCUGACUGUAAAACCACAGUUUUCAAUACUGCAAAGGUGGGAGCUCAGACUUCUCAGAUGAAAAUGUCAUGGGUGGGAAAGUUUUCUUGGCAGUCUUACAAUGAAGACACCAACUCCUUAGAUGACAGUUCAUUCACAAAGGAUGGGUUGUAUGAACAGAUAAGUAUGACAUGGGACAAGUCAGACUAUCUCUGGUACACAACAUAUGUCGAUUUAGGGAAAAAUGAACAAUUCUAUCCCACACUGUCUGUGAACUCUGCUGGUCAUGCGCUGAUUGUCUUCGUCAAUGGUGUAUUAACCGGCACCGUUUAUGGAGGUUUAGAGAGUCCCAAACUGAGGUAUAGUGGGAAAGUAAAGAUGUGGGCAGGGAGCAACAAGAUAUCUCUUCUCAGCAUCGCCGUCGGGCUUCCUAAUGUAGGUAACCAUUUUGAGACUUGGAAUACUGGUGUUCUUGGUCCAGUCACAUUGAGCGGCCUCAACGAAGGAACAAGAGACCUUUCUCGUCAGAAAUGGACUUACCAGGUUGGUCUGAAAGGUGAAGCUUUGGGUCUUCACACUGUCAGUGGAAGUUCAUCUGUUGAGUGGGGGAGUGCUUAUCCUAAACGGCCCUUAACAUGGUUUAAGACAUUCUUCAAUGCACCGGCUGGCAAUGAUCCACUGGCAUUGGAUAUGGGUAGCAUGGGAAAAGGUCAAAUAUGGAUAAAUGGCCGAAGCAUCGGUAGAUAUUGGCCUUCAUACAAAGCUUCUGGUUCUUGUGGAAGCUGUGAUUAUCGCGGAACAUAUAAUGAGAAAAAAUGUCAAAGCAAUUGCGGGGAGUCCUCUCAAAGAUGGUAUCACGUCCCCCGAUCUUGGCUAAAUCCAACCGGGAAUUUGUUGGUGGUUCUUGAAGAAUGGGGAGGGGAUCCGAGCGGAAUUGCCAUGGUGAAGAGGACUGUCGGAAGUGUCUGUGCUGAUAUUUCCGAAAUGCAACCAUCGAUAAACAAUUGGCACACUAAAACAUAUCAGAUACCGAAAGCACAUCUAUUGUGUCCUGCUGGACAGAAAAUGUCUCAGAUAAAAUUCGCUAGCUUUGGAACUCCACAAGGAGUAUGCGGAAGCUACUCAGAGGGUGCUUGUCAUGCUCACAAAUCCUACGAUGCGUUUGAGAAGGAGGGUCUGUUGCAGAACUGCAUUGGACAACAAUACUGUGCAGUAGCUGUUGCUCCUCAAAUUUUCGGCGGAGACCCGUGUCCGGGGACAAUGAAGAAGCUCUCUGUCGAGGCAAUAUGCGACUAAUAGUUAUUAAAACCAUAUACAAUCAAAGAAGAAGAUCAGCUCAUUUUCUUCCUUGCUAUGUAUACACCUCCAAAGUAGAUUCUUUAAGUUAAAUCUCAGCUGGUUUAUGAAAUCUUCGGCACAGGGGGCAUGUCAAGCAGAAACUGCAGACUGACCAAUUUGAUUCUGUGCCAGUAUAUAUUGGUUGAUUGAAAAUGCUUUGUGCAUAAGAUUUUAUAGAAAGGUUGAAGAAAGAAAGUUAAUGAGAAUUGGUUGGAUUGGUAUACUUGCAAGUUGUAAGAAAUGAAAAGUAUCAUGUUUAUACAUAAAUGUUAUGAUAUGUUUUAUGGCUAUUUUGCCUUACCCAUUUGUUU